AUGGAGACUCAGGAGCAUGCUGCAGGGGCAGUGAUGGGCCUCAGUGCAGGACAGACGUCUGCAGACAGAACCCCACAGGAGCAGCCUCAUCACACAAGCAGAAUGCAGCAGCCUCAAAGCACAAGCAGAAUGGAGCAGCUGUUUGGCUUCAGCACUGAGAACCUUGGCUCCUGGCAGAGUGUGGUGACCCUCCUGAACCGCCCUAUGGACCCUGCGUCUCUGGGCAUCUUCCGGUUCUUGUUUGGAAUGCUCAUGGCCAUCGACAUCACCCAGGAGCGCGGCCUGAGUCACCUGGACUGGAAGUACCUGGACGGAGCUCCUGUGUGCAGAUUCCCUCUCUUUAACUUCCUCCAGCCCCUUCCUCUCGACUGGAUGUACCUGGUGUACCUGGUCAUGUUUCUGGGUUCAGUGGGGAUCAUGCUGGGCUGCUUCUACAGACUCUCCUGCCUCAUGUUUCUAACGACGUACUGGUAUAUAUUCUUUCUGGAUAAGACGGCGUGGAACAAUCACUCCUACCUCUAUGGACUGAUUGGCUUUCAGCUCACUCUUAUGGAUGGCAAUCGUUACUGGUCGAUAGACGGUCUGAGAAAUCCUGGCAUAAGAAACGCUCAUGUGCCUCUGUGGAACUACACUGUGCUCAGGACGCAGAUUUUUAUUGUUUACUUCAUUGCUGGGAUCAAAAAGCUGGAUGCUGAUUGGGUGGAGGGAUACUCUAUGUCUUACCUGGCGCAUCAUUGGCUGUUUGACCCGUUUAAGCUGGUCCUCCCGGUGGAGCUGGUGAAUGUGCUGGUGGUCCACGGAGGAGGCCUGAUCCUGGACCUGAGCGCUGGGUACCUGCUCUUCUUUGAUGCAACACGUCCCUUUGCUUUCGUUUUUGUCUCAUACUUCCACUGCAUGAACUCUCAGCUCUUCAGCAUAGGAAUGUUCCCCUACACCAUGUUGGCCACCAGUCCUCUCUUCUGCUACAGCAAUUGGCCCAGGAGGCUGUUCGCAGGUUUCCCACGCGUUCUCAAGCCUGUCCUGCCGUCCACCUCACAGGACCUGAAGCCCAGCACCUCCUGCGUGUAUGAGGAGGCGCCGAGGUCUGAGGAGCCGAGGUCUGAGGAGCCGAGGUCUGAGGAGCCGAGGUCUGAGGAGCCGAGGUCUGAGGAGCCGAGGUCUGAGGAGCCGAGGUCUGAGGAGCCGAGGUCUGAGGCGCCGAGGUCUGAGGAGCCGAGGUCUGAGGAGCCGAGGUCUGAGGAGCCGAGGUCUGAGGAGCCGAGGUCUGAGGAGCAGGAGGCCACAGCCGCCAAAAAACCCAUCAAAUUUAGACACAAACUUGGCGCAAUUUUCACCAUUAUUUACAUCAUGGAGCAACUUUUUAUGCCAUAUUCGCACUUCAUCACACAGGGCUAUAAUAACUGGACCAACGGCCUGUAUGGUUACUCCUGGGACAUGAUGGUUCACGCUCGCAGCCACCAACACGUCAAAAUCACGUAUAAAGACGGAAAAACAGGAGAGAUCGGAUAUUUGAACCCAGGGGUGUUCACUCAGAGUCGUCGUUGGAAAGACCACGGUGACAUGUUGAAGCAGUACGCCACGUGCCUGAGCGAGCUACUGCCGAGAUACAACAUCACAGACGCAGAGAUCUACUUUGACAUCUGGGUGUCCAUCAACGACCGCUUCCAGCAGAGGAUCUUUGACCCUCGUGUGGACGUGGUGAGAGCGCCCUGGUCGCCGCUGCAGCCGACGCCAUGGCUGAUGCCGCUGCUGGUUGACCUGUCGCCGUGGAGGACCAAGUUCCAGGAGAUCGAGGGGACGCUGGACAAUCAGACAGAGAUCGUCUUCAUCGCAGACUUUCCAGGUCUUCACUUGGAAAACUUUGUGAGUGAAGACCUGGGAAACACCAGUGUUCAGGUUCUCCAGGGGGAGGUGAUAAUCGAGCUGGUGGAGGAGAAGAAGAACUACACUCUGAAAGCGGGGGAGCAGACACAGGUCCCCGCUGGAGCCUACCACAAAGUGCACACAGUGUCUGACGGCCCCUCAUGCUUCAUGUACGUCUACGUCAACACCACAGAAGCCGCGCUCCAGGAAGACCUCACCAGACUGCUGCACCUCCAGGAGCGACUCCUCAACGGCACAGAAACUGAGCCACUGCCUCCGGAGCUGCAGCCCCUCCUCUCAGCAGACGAGGGGUCAGAGGUCAAUGCCACGGAUCCCGUUGUGCGAAUAUUUCUGAAAAGACAGCGGCGAAUGAAGGAAGUGAAGAAGCGACGAGAAGCGAGCGUGAUAGAACGAUUGGAUCGAUUCGUGACAAAGAAAUACUACACGAUCAGAAGAGGAUUCCUGAUGACGGCCAUCGCGAUGCGGAACCUGGCUGUGGGUCUGCCUUCUGUGGAACAGCUGACCAGAGAGGUGUCGUACGCCAACAUGAAGGGACCGCAGUAUGAGAACCAUGAAGCUCUGAAGGACGAAGCAGGACACGCUGAGCUCUGA